UCGUUCCGAAUCGGCACGUUUUACGUCGCGCGAGAGUGUCGUUGUCGCGAGGUGAGUGAAGGGGGGGGGGGAGACAAGAGACAAAUUUGUCUCGCGAAUCCCGCGGCCUUGGCAGAUCGCGUCGGCAAAUACGCGCGCAAUUAGAAAAGAGGAGGAGCGAAUGUGGAAAUUCCAGAAAGAGGAGCGGCAGCAGAAAUUUUUUUGAUUGACGAGAGCGUGAAAGAAAAGGAAGGAGCCGGAGAUACCGCUACCGCUUGACGGCCUCGUCGUCGAUUCGGCAAAAGUCACGGACGCGAGAUAAGGAUCCCGCGAGUGCGUUUCGCUCGAUUGUAUUGGAGCGGCAUGAAGUGUUUCGGCGCUGAAGGUCGUUGCGUACACGCGUGAUCCGACUGACUGUGACUACCCUGGCUCCGAAGCCGCGCGAAAAGAACGCGCGGGCGUUCGGUCCGCCCGUACGCGCGUGCGUGCGUGCGUGCGUGCGUGUGCGUGCCGUACAUCGGAUCGUUCCCAGAAUUGCAAAUGAGGUCUUUCGCCGAGGUCUCGAUGAACUCGAUUCUCGCGUAGCUGAAGCUGCCAAGGGAAAUCUCAUCAAAUUAAAGGCGCGUCACAGUGCACAACAAAAAUAUAUAUAUAUAUGUAUAUAUCUUUCAAAAAAAAAAUUGUUAAAAUAUAUGGACAUUCUCGCGUUCUAAAUUAGAUCUUACGAGACGCAACGAACACGCGGAAGAUCAAGAGCGAUCGUAAAGUGCGAGCGUGUAAGAAAAAAAACAAAAAAAAAAAAAAACGGAUUCUGAAAUAAAAACAUUUAAGUGAUACGUGGAGACGAAGAUAAUGAAAGCAGUGUGAGGAAUGUGAAAUAUCGCGUGCCGAUAAUAAGAGAUCGCGAGUUGGUGAUCGGCGCAAAAGACAGGCCCGAAUUUUCGGACGGAGUGCUUGUGUCGCGAGUGAAGGCCGCGUGAAAUGCGCGUUACUUUGACACCCCGGAUUCGACGAAUUCGAGAGCGAGUUUUGACGAGUUUUUGUCGCAAAACGCAAUCCUGUCGCGACGCAAUUUUACGAUCUCCAUGGAUUCGACAUCCCGAGGAUAAACCUGCGAUUCAAACAGAGUUUCCGAAACCAAAAGGGAUUAUUAAUUAACGAGGAAACAUAUGAAGACGAUCUCUAAUCAGGACUGCACAAAACUAGGAAAAACCCACAGUUAACAUGGCGAAUCCCGGUCAUAUCACGCUGAUCCGAAUCGAGGAGCAUGCGUUGCAACGCAAUACGAUUCCGGACAGUUCAUCCGUGAGUUCUCUGGAGGAGGGUUACGGAUCGGCCGAAGAUAUAUCCACCAGCCCGGAUACGUCGUGUCGCUCGAGUGCGGACGCGGACAAGAGCUUUGAUCUCGAGGAGGAUUUUCGCAAGAAAUUGACCAAGUUCGAGGACAUAAUCGAGAAAAUCGAGAAUCUGCGUUUCACGCACGACGAGGACGACGACAACAAGGAGAAUGCUAAUGAGAACGUCGAUAGAUCGACGCGUCGCAUUAACAGCGAGAACAAUGUGGACAAUGUAGAGUAUCGGGACACCUGCAAAUCGCGAGCGAAUAGUCAGUUGGAUAACGAAGACAUAAACAACAACGAGGAUUGUGACAACGUCACGAUCGAUGACAACGAGGACUGCCUGCCGCUCAACAUCCGCGAGGAUGUCGAGGAACGUCGACGUUUGUCUCUGGACGAUCGUAAUUCCUUGGGUGGCGAUUUCCUGGAGGCCAAACAAGAACGACGACAGAAGCACAAGGAUUCCAAUGACUCCAAUCUGAUCCAACGGGGACCGAUCAAGCCCGAUUACCAACCCCUGCGGGCCGGCCAUCCUUAUUCCAUGGUGAGCUGUUUGUCACGUGUCAACAACAGCGUGGACGUGGACUAUGAUAAGACCGCCGAACAGAUUUUGAGGAACAAAGAUUACAGCGAGAAACUCAAUCCCUGUUUGGAUCAACUAUCGAAUUCAAAUUGCCGAAAUAAUCAGUCAUCGAUUGGAGCAAUAGUCGCGGGUCUGGCGAUGGAUCCUUGGAUCGGAGAGAAUGGCAAUGAUAUCUUUCACAGUGGAGAUCCCAAUGACACCGCGACACUUCCCUCUAUAAUCGUCAACGAGCCGGGAGAGGAGUCCUUGAUGGACAUUCUGUCGCGGGACGGCUUUCAAGCGGCGAUACUCUCAGACGCCGGUAGCUACUCGACUUCAUCGCCGAGAAGCGCGAAAACCUGGUCCGAUUCACCGGCGAGCAGCUACAACUACGUCGUCUCGAGGUCAAAUAGUCGGGCGUCGAGUCGCGCCCAGUCACCUGGUUCGGCGACGAACUCGGAAUCGCCGCAGAUGCACGUCAACGUCAUCGGCAGCCCGCUCGGUUCACCGCAGGUCGCCUCGUCUUAUCGAGUGCCGCAGGCUUUGCUGUCCUCCUCGUCCUCGUCUUCUAAUCAAUCCUACAGCGAUGUAUCCAGCCCGUCGAAUUAUCAGACACCCCUGAAUUAUCAGCUCGAGGAACAGCUCGGCGAGACGCUGUCCGAUUGGAGGGGCACCUACGAUUCCUCGGGGACCAUCAUUAACAGUAGCGAUACCAUCGACUGCGCGUUGCUGCAGCUAGUUGAGCAGGUCAUAGAGGAGGACAAGCAACGCAAAGAGUCGCUGAAGGAGCCACAGAUAGCCUUGAACGCUCCGUGUUUCUCAUCGAGCUACAACGAUCGGUGCAUUCCUUCGGUACGAGGAACAUUGGAGAACAAUCUGGAGCGAGAGUGUCUCGCGAGCGACGCGCAAAAGAGCGAGAAGCCGACCUGUUUGAACGUACUUAACGUAAACCCCAUCAGCAACCUUAUGUCGGUUUACACGAACAAACAGAGCACCAGCGGAGGCACGCUCGUGAAUUGCGCGGUUGAUGGGUCCCAAGUAAGUCCCAGUCUGAAAAGAUAUUACGAGACGAGCGUAAAGAACCCUCAGGUCGACGUGACGACGUGUCACAAUACUUUGCACAAUAUCACCCUAAAUGAUAACGAGAAAUCUGUGAAGAUGAUCGAGCAAAACGCGCCUCAGGAGAAGUACGGAAUGUUUCGUGCCGUAUCCAACGGAGAGAAAAGAUACAACCAGGCAUCGUCGACAUUGGUACCUAAUAAUUAUCAGAUACCACCGAUGGUCUUCUCCUCAUUUGUAUCCAAUCGUCCACAGAGAAACUCGAAUCGAGGCAUAUUACCAUGGCCUUCGUUAAACUUACCAUCUGUAAGAGCGAGCGAGAGAUUAAAGGAAGGAUUGCAUCCUAAGGAAGUGGAAAGAGCCAUGAGUAAUCUCCUGAAGAAGUCCGUAAAGGAACUAGCGGCCGCGGAUGAAGACGGCGAUACGGCUUUGAUGUGCCUGGUGGGCAAUCCGGAAGAAUUAACAAGGAAGAAAGCGUAUCUGGCACCGUUGGUCGAGAGAUUGGGCAACAUGCCGGGCGCUCUAUCAAUGGUGAAUAAUCGUGGCGAAGACGCUUUGUACUUGGCCGCUAUGAAUUGUCCGGAAAUGCCGUACGUCAGCGGAUAUCUGGCCGCAACGAUGUUGCAGAAAGGGCUCGAUAUCAAUCAAAGAUUAAGUCCCUUACAUGGUGACACGCUGAUACACUCUGUCGCGGCGCGAGGCGAUUCACACGGGGAGGUCCUGGCGGAGUUGUUAACGUUGAAGACGCUUGAAGGCAAUUCCGUUUUUAAUCUCUCCAACUGCAAUUACGACGGUAAAACCGCUCUUCACUUAGCGGUUGAAGCGCACGAUCCUACCGGACGGGGUAUCAAGUCCUUGGUCACAACGCGUCUGCUCUUGGAGAACGGCGCGGAUCUCAAAGUCAAAGAGAACAAGUGCGGUGACACCGCUUUACACAUGGCGGCUUCAUUGAGUUGCGAUCCUGCGCUUGUCAAGGUACUACUGUGCAAGGCCACUUCGAGGAUGGUGAACGAGACCAAUUACAUGUGCAACACGCCACUGCAUAUGGUCGCGGCGGUUUCAAAUGCCGUGACUUUGGAGAAGCAGAAGGAAGUCUGCCGGCUCCUGAUACAAGCCGGUGGUCAGACCAAUGUACAGAAUCGACAGGGAAAGACGCCACUGGCUCUCGUGUCGCCGGAAAGGAAGGAGGCUAUCAAGAAAAUAUUCUACAAGAAAUUAUGAUGAGAAAUCAUGAUUGAUAGAUACGGGAAUAGAGUUCGAUUGGACUCUACAUUAAGACUGAUCUCUAGAAGUGUUCGAGAAAGCCAAGGAUUUAAACUCCAUAAAGAUUUUUCGUUCACGUACGCAAUGGAUACAUUAUGGAUUCGCGACACGUUCAUUGCGAGAAAACUCUCAGGACUGUGACUCAAACUAAGAGAAAAAAUAUUACCGACGAGAUGUAACAUUGUUGAAAUUGUUACAGCCCAAAUAUUUGAGUUGCGAGUCUAAUAAGGAAGGUGCAAUUUACAAUACGGGUGAUUUCAUAUUCGCCAUUAAUCUAAACGCGAGUGUGUAUAAUAUUUUUUUCUUUUUUUAUAAAUUUUCUCUCUUUCUCUUUCUUUCUUUUCUUUUCUUCUUUCUUUAGUCUUCACAUUGGAAUUAAAAUUUCAAUGUACUAAUAUAUAUCUUUAAUAUAGAUAAUGAAGAUAGAUUUAAUAUAAAGAGACUAAAAAUAAUUAAACACAGAUAUUCUAUGCUAGACGAAAUAUCCUAGUGUUUUGUUUAAGAAUUUUGUACAGUUAAGAUAUGAUAAAUAAGAUUAUCGUCUUAAGUCGUUAUAAUUGCGUACUGCAAACAUUGCAUUUCGAUAAUGUUUAAACUUUCUAUAAUUAACAGAAGCAUUUCUAACAGUUAAAUGAUUUUUAAAUACAUACAAUUUUAAUCCAAUAUCUCAUUUAUCUAAUCCAUCGCGUGAUAUCGAUCGCGUUUUUUUUGUUUGAUUGGCUUGAGUUUUUAUAAUUUACAGUUUGAGUGCACAAAAGUAUAUUCCCUUUAAUUGCUCAAAAUUGUUAUAUAAUAAAUAUAUAAUGAAUAUAAUAACAGAAAUAUUGAACCGCGAUAUUUGCAAAACGCAAUAAUUCUACACUCUAAUAUUCAGCACUGAUAAAUAAUGUCUUUCUUUUUUAUUAACAUAUACAUUUUUUCUAUUGAUAUUUUUUUUUGUUUUGUAAGGUAAUAAUGUUUAUAUACAUAUAUUAAUUUUAGCCAAUCAAACGCUCGCAUAUGUAUAUAGUGAAUCUUGUGGCACACAUACACACACGUACAUAUUCCAUGAAAAAGCGAUUAUACAUUUUCCCCAACUGUCCAUCAACUUGUCAUUUAAUAAUAAGAAACAUAUCAAGGUCUCGAUUAAGAAAUGUUUCCUCCAGUUGUCUCUUUUUCAAUAUUGUGCAAUUUAUUCAGAAAUGCACAUAGAAUAGCAAAUAAGACAUAAAAUUAUCGGAUGAAUCAUAAAUAUUGUUACCACAUGAGAAAGAGAAGAGGGAGAAGGAAUAAUUGUUAAGAUGCUAGCUUUGUAAACGUAUUUGGUUUACAGAUUGAAAGGUUGAUAUCAACGUGUCUCUAUUGCACUGCAUUUAUAAUAGAUGAUAAGUGAGAUGUAAUAAGUGCGGUACGUUGCAAAAGCAUUGACGUGCGUCGAUUCUGAAGAAACAUGCGUAUGUAUAUCGUGUUGCAUUAACAUAAACGUAUAUGUAAAUCGAAUACAUUUUUACAUGAUAAACCGCUUGGUAUUCCCAUCUCUCCCACACUGCGAACGAACGAUGUAAUUUGCUAUAAUUAUUUAUUACAUCGAAUCACAGCACAAACGAAUCUAAAGAGUUGAUUUCUAUUUUUAUAUCGGAUAUAAUACAUCAAAUCUUUACUCACUGGUUUAACACAAUUUCGAUAACUAUAUGGCAAUGCAAAAUUUGAUGAAUAUUUGUAACUUUCUGUUUGCUACAAAAAAUCUUAGAACGUAAUAACUUCUCGUUUUCGAAUUAAGAACAUUAUUAUUUAUAUAUAUGUAUCAUAGAAAAUAAGAAAUUUUCAUAUAAUAUAUUUUUAUGGAAUAUAAAUAAUAAUGGAAUAUAUCAAUAUCAUAUUUGUCACAUAAGAAUUAAAUUAUAAAAUUGAAAAUAAUCUUGUAUAUUAUGAAAAAUUAAGUAAUCUAAAUAUUUUUUUAAAUUGAUAUUAAAUCCCCUCUUUCCUAAAUUAAUUAUAAACUAUAAACUUAUUUAAACAACACGCACAAAUCUUGCCUUAUUAAAUUAAUGAGCUUAUUAAAA